GCGCUGGGGCACUGAGGCCGAGGCGCUGGGGCGCUGGGGCGCUGGGCCGCGGGUGCGUUGGGGCGCGGGUGCUGGGCGCUGGGGCGCGGGUGCGCUGGGGCGCGGGUGCGCUGGGGCGCGGGCGCGGGUGCGCUGGGGCGUUGGGGGCAUUGGCGCUGAGGCGCUGGGGCGCUGGGGCGUUGGGGCGCUAAGGAUUUGGUGCGCUGGAGCGCUGGGGCGUUGUGGCGCUGGGGUGAUGGCGCCGAAGCGCUGGCGCUGGGGCGCGGCCGCGCUUGACGCUGGGGCGCGGGGCGCGGGUGCGCUGGGCGCUGGGGCGCUGUGGCGCUGGGGCGUUGUGGCGCUGGGGCGCUGGCGCCGACGCGACGGUGCGCUGGGC